AUGGGUCUUCCUACGGAGGUGUUGAAAGCCUGGGAGGCGUGCGACCGUACGGAUACGCUGUUUGUGCUAGUCUGUUGCGUCUUCUGCUGGGGCAUCAUCCCUGCGGUCGGUAUAGCCUAUUCUGGCUACACCACUCGAUCCAACUCUCUCUCCGCCAUUAUACCUUCCAUCCUAGCAGUCAUCGUUUGUACGAUCCAAUGGUUCCUCAUCGGCUACACCCUUACCUACAGCGAAGGAGGUCCUAUAUUUGGCGAUUUCACAUACGCUUUUCACAGAGGCGUGCUGUCAGAGCCUGUCGGUACCAUUCCAGCAAUUCUGUUCAGCUUCUUCCAACUGGUGUUUCAGGCCACAGUCUGCGCAAUCGCUGUUGGUGGAGCAUGCGAACGAGGAAGGAUACUACCACUGAUUCCUUUCAUAUUCCUCUGGUCCACGUUCGUAUACAACCCCCUUGCGCACAUGGUAUGGGGCGGCGGCUUCCUUCAAAACCUCGGUGUCGUCGACUUCGCCGGCGGUACACCUGUGCACAUCAACUCCGGAGCGACAUGUACAGCGCUCAGCGUUUACCUCUCCUAUCCACUCUUCCGCUCUAAACGCUCCUCGACCCGCACCCCUUCUCAUCUGGUAGUUCACCGACCAGUGAACUCGCUGUGUCAAUUGCUCGCCAUGAUCAGCAUCUGGGGCUCUUGGCUAGCCUUCGACGCCGGGACAACGCUAGCAUUCAACUUCAAGUCCGUCAUGGCGCUUUGCGUCACCAACCUCUGUGCUGCAAGUGGUGCACUGACAUGGAUGCUGCACACAUACAUUGAAGUGGGCCGCUGGAGUCUGGAUUCCUGUUUCAUGGGGGCAAUCUCCGGGCUGAUUAUGGUUACGCCGUCAGCAGGCUUCGUCGACAUGCCGUCCGCAAUGGCAUUUGGAAUCGUCGGUGCGCUGUUCUGUCGCCAGAUGUUGCGGAUUAAAUAUACAGAUUUUGCGCGACGGUGGCGCUGGGUUGAUCAUGGCGACACGUUUGCCACGCAUUGUCUGGGCGGGUUCCUAGCCACUAUUGGGACGGGGUUUCUGGCGAGGAAGGACGUUGCGGGUUACGACGGCGUGACUGAAAUUGUGGGGGGCGUUUUCUUCGACGGCAACGUGCGACAGCUUGGUAUCCAGGUCGUGGAGGCGACCGUAGGCUUCACGUGGUCUUUUGUCGGGAGCUAUGUAAUCUACGCGCUGAUUGACUGCGUACCUCGGUUUGAGGUAUUGGCCGAGGACAAGGACAUCAUCGCAGGUCUGGAUGCAAGCCAGAUGGAUGAGGAGACGCUAUGGACCGAGACUCAAAAGUACUCGCCAUUCGCAGAGCCUACCGGUGAACUACAUCUCGACUAG